AUGGCCCAUUCACGAUUACUUUUCACUCUGCCCAAAUGCAGGUGCAGAGUUCCCACCAUCUCCAUCCCCUUCAUCGCACGCGGACGAUGGCAGAGCACCAACGCCGCUGACUUACCUCAUUUGAACCCACCCCCAGACGACUAUUCACGCUUUAUCUUUCAAGACAAGUGCCGUGUGACUGUCCACGCCGGGUCCGGCGGUCAUGGAUGUGUUUCAUUCCUGCGAGAAAAGUACGUUGAGGAAGGACCUCCGAACGGCGGCGAUGGCGGCAGCGGAGGAAGCAUUUACAUCCAAACGGUGGAGGGACUGACCAGUUUACACAAGCUGGCACGCCGAGGCGUGAUUAGAGCCAGUCGUGGCAGAAACGGACAGGGAAAAAGCAAAGGCGGAAAACGCGGCAACGAUGUGUUGAUCCAGGUUCCUGUCGGUACCGUCGUGCGGGAAAUCGAUCGUGAAGAUCCUGUCGCAAAUGAACUCGCUCGUUUGAGGAGCGAGAGACUUCUGCGUCAGCAAGAGUCUGAAGAUGAAGAAGAGACGACAGAAAUGUUCACUCCUGUUCGCCACGACCGCUGGGUGUUGUAUCCCGGAGCCAACCCCUCUAAUUUUUUGACGGUGAAAUUCCCUAAAUCAAGGCCUCGGAGGCAGCAUAUCGCGGCGAUGGAGCCGCAAGCGCCCAUCUUCCUUGACCUGUCACAACCAAUGGACAAGCCAUUGCUGCUAGCAGCAGGUGGCGCGGGCGGAAUGGGCAACCCACACUUCGUCACCAGGAACAUGGGUCGACCGGAAUUUGCAGCCCGCGGUGAAGGCGGCAUGCGAUUAGAGCUGGACUUUGAGCUCAAGAUCCUGGCGGAUGUUGGGUUGGUCGGAAAACCCAAUGCGGGCAAGAGCACGCUCCUCCGCUCGUUGACCAACAGCCGAACGCGCAUCGGGAACUGGGAAUUCACUACCCUCUCCCCCCAAAUCGGGACGGUUAUUGUGGAUGACUACAAAGGUCGACCACUGGUGGAGUCGAAGGGGAUAAUCCCGCGCACACACUUCACUAUUGCAGACAUUCCGGGCUUGGUGGAAGACGCCCAUCUCGACCGCGGGCUGGGUCUAGGGUUCCUCCGACACAUCGAACGGGCUGGAAUCUUAGCUUUUGUGGUUGACCUCAGCGCCGGAGACCCUAUACAGGGUCUACAGAAGCUAUGGCAUGAACUCGGCGAGUAUGAACGCAUGGAUGAGGCCGAGCCGGUCGAUGAGAGUGAAGACGGAGGCGUGCUUGAGUGGGAUACCUCUGGUUCUGGUCUUCCGGAGCUUGAUCCCUCACGAAGUCGUCGUCGGAGUGAACUCCCAAUCGAGACACCUACCACCGUCCGGAAAGAUGGCUCUCUCCCUCGUCUCCCAUUACCGCCCAUCCACAAGAAACCUUGGUUCGUGGUGGCCACCAAGGCUGACCUAGAGAACACGCAAGACCAGUACAAGGACCUCCAGGAGUACCUAACCGCUGUUGAGAAUGGACUGGCAGAGCAUCCGUCUGGACAUGCCGAUGGGUGGAAGGAAUCACUUCAUGCAGUGCCGGUCAGCGCCAUCAGAGGCGAGGGCGUUAGUCGCAUCCCGAAGCUAGUGAUGGAAUUUCUGGCGUAA